AUGGUGGCUUUUGCAGCAGAGAAGCAAGAUCGGAAUCUAUUGUCUAAGAUCGCAUCCGGUGACGGUCACGGCGAGAAUUCUUCUUAUUUCGAUGGUUGGAAAGCUUAUGAAGAAAACCCAUUUCACCCAAUUGAUAGACCCGACGGAGUAAUCCAAAUGGGUCUCGCUGAAAAUCAGCUUUGUGGAGAUUUGAUGCGUAAAUGGGUAUUACAACAUCCAGAAGCUUCGAUUUGUACAUCAGAAGGUGUGAAUCAAUUCAGCAACAUUGCAAUUUUCCAGGAUUAUCAUGGCUUGCCCGAAUUCAGACAAGCUGUAGCGAGAUUUAUGGAGAAGACAAGAGAUAACAAAGUUAAUUUUGAUCCUGACCAGAUCGUCAUGAGCGGCGGCGCAACCGGCGCACACGAGACGGUUGCUUUCUGUUUAGCAAAUCCCGGCGAUGGUUUCUUAGUCCCAACUCCUUAUUAUCCAGGCUCUAAUGGGUUUAAGAUCACUGUGGAAGCCUUGGAAGCUGCGUACCAAACAGCGAGGGAAUCGAACAUUCCGGUUAAGGGAUUACUCGUAACCAAUCCUUCGAAUCCGCUCGGUACGAUGUUAGACCGGGAAUGUUUGAUAUCUUUGGUUAAUUUCACCAAUGACAAAGGGAUUCACCUCAUUGCUGAUGAGAUCUAUGCUGCAACUACAUUUGGUCAGUCCGAGUUUAUUAGCGUUGCGGAAGUAAUCGAAGAGAUUCCGAAUUGCAACCGCGAUUUGAUCCAUAUUGUGUAUAGUCUAUCCAAAGAUAUGGGUUUGCCCGGUUUAAGAGUCGGUAUAGUAUACUCGUAUAAUAACCAAGUGGUUAACAUUGCAAGGAAAAUGUCGAGUUUCGGUCUGGUCUCAUCUCAAACGCAGCAUCUGAUCGCCAAAAUGUUAUCCGACGAAGAGUUUGUUGACGAGUUUAUCCGCGAGAGCAAACUACGGUUAGCUGCAAGACACACGGAGAUAACCACUGGUUUAGACAGUUUAGGUAUCGGUUGGUUAAAGGCCAAAGCCGGUUUGUUCCUUUGGAUGGAUUUAAGAAAUCUCUUGAAGACCGCUACAUUCGAUUCGGAGACCGAGCUGUGGCGCGUGAUCAUCCACAAAGUGAAGCUCAACGUGUCUCCAGGCGGUUCGUUCCAUUGCCACGAACCGGGAUGGUUUAGAGUAUGUUUUGCAAACAUGGACCACAAGACAAUGGAGACAGCUCUAGAGAGGAUCAGAGUGUUCACUAGACAACUCGAGGAGGAGAGCCUAGACCGGGUUAAACCGAUGGCUGCAACAACUAUGAUGGCUAAGAAGAAGAAGAAGUGUUGGCAGAGUAGCCUCCGGUUAAGCUUCAAUGACACGAGGCGGUUCGAGGAUGGCUUCUUCUCGCCUCAUUCGCCGGUGCCGCCUUCUCCGCUCGUACGUGCACAGACUUAA